AUUGGUCCUCGGAGCUGUCGUCCCGGGCGACGCCCCGCCCUCCUCGCGAGCGAAGUGAGAACCAGAACGAAAGCAGGGACGUCUCGUAGCCAAGUGAUACAGCUGUGAAGUGUUCGGCGGAUAUCUGCCGGCCCGCUCCCCCCGCUUUUCUAGACGGUUUCGGACCUUCGCUUUCGGGAUUUUUCACCCCAUGUCCCCGCCGAGCUUCCUCCCGUUGGACGGCGUGAAUGAGGCGCCCUUGUUAUCAUUCAACACCAUAUGCUGAGAGGAAAAAAAAGCGAGGCGGAAGAAAGAAGGAAGCGACAGCAGAGAAGGAGAAGGGAAGAAAUAAAGGGGGCUGUUUGGACCCGGAGGACGAAGCGGCUAGCUGCCCAGGAGCGGCGAGGGCUACCCAACACCCAGCGUGACAUCGAUAACCGAUAGGAGGUAAAACCGAGGAUAAUCUGCGGCCGGGGAUAGCCCCGAUAAAUCUGCGGGCGUCGAAAAAACGAGACACGGUAGUUUUGCCUGGUGUGAGCGAAAACAUUAGACCGGGGGCAACACGGAAGGAAGGAGGAAGAAAAACAAAGGAGACCCCCGCGGUUCAGGAUGAACCACCUAACCUUCAGCGAGCUAUGCUGCCUGUUCUGCUGCCCGCCGUGCCCCAGCAAGAUCGCCUCCAAGCUGGCCUUCCUCCCCCCGGAGCCCACCUACAGCCUCAUGUGUGACGAGAGCGGCGGCAGAUGGACGCUGCACCUGACGGAGCGCGCCGACUGGCAGUACUCGGUGCGGGAGAGGGACGCCAUCGAGUGCUUCAUGACGCGCACCUCCCGGGGCAACCGCAUCGCCUGCAUGUUCGUGCGCUGCUCGCCCAACGCCCGCUACACGCUGCUCUUCUCCCACGGCAACGCGGUGGACCUGGGCCAGAUGAGCAGCUUCUACAUCGGCCUGGGCUCGCGGAUCAACUGCAACGUCUUCUCCUACGACUACUCGGGGUACGGCGCCAGCUCGGGGAAACCCUCGGAGAAGAACCUGUACGCGGACGUGGAGGCUGCGUGGCACGCGCUGCGGUCCCGGUACGGCAUCCGUCCGGAGAGCGUGAUCAUCUACGGCCAGAGCAUUGGCACGGUGCCCUCUGUGGACCUCGCCUCGCGCUACGAGAGUGCCGCAGUCAUCCUCCACUCCCCGCUCACCUCUGGCAUGAGAGUGGCCUUCCCCGACACCAAGAAGACCUACUGCUUUGACGCCUUUCCAAACAUCGACAAGAUUUCCAAGGUGACGUCGCCGGUCCUCCUGAUCCACGGUACCGAGGACGAGGUCAUCGACUUCUCCCACGGCCUGGCGCUGUACGAGCGCUGCCAGCGCCCCGUGGAGCCUCUCUGGGUGGAGGGGGCCGGGCACAACGACGUGGAGCUGUACGGACAGUACCUGGAGAGGCUCAAACAGUUUGUCGCACAUGAGCUGGUCAACUUAUAGAGAGGUGGGGGCUGAGGGGGGGGCUGAGAGAAGAGAGCUGCUCUUAAAGACGCCCAGAGUUAUCGCCUCUGCGUGAAUUACUAAAGGCAGAAUGGGCGUCUAUCUUGAACUGCCUUCAAGGUGAUCCUUCAACCUCACUCAGUUAACCCCCCCCCCCCCCCCCUCCUCGUUUGGCUCUCCGCCUUGUCUCGUUCCCUUUUUUUUCCCCCACUGGAAACCUCACCUCAGUUCAGACCGUUGCUUUUAGACCCCCUGAUGUUGGACGCUGCAGAUUGUGACUACGGUAGAAAAAGGGGAAUGUGCGAGGACAACAUUGGAGUGAGUGCAGUAACUACAGAGCAAUUAAGUGUCAUAUUAUUUCCAUUUUCCUGCCUUAUGAGAGACGGUCCGUGGCUCUUAAUGGAGACCUUCGUUCCAGGAAAUGGCCUUUCUACAGACCAAUCAGUCCAAAUCAGCUGAACUCAACGCCAUCCUACGCGCUGCGUCUGGUUAUCGGUUCCAUCUCCUCCUCCAAACGCGUGGGAUCUGCUGCAUAUUGUCAACGAAGAGCUAAACAAGGCAAAUGAACACUUUACCCAUUCGUGCCAGUUUUGUUUUAAUAUAUUGCGGAUGCUUGUGUACAUAACGAAGAGAACACGUUAACAUCGUCUCUGUUUAAUGUAAAUGGUACAGCUUGAUUAUGAGUCCUCAAAGCAAGGGGACGGGUGUAGGGUUUGGCUGAUAAAUGCUCCAGAGCAGGCUCUUUCCAACCACUUGCCUAGAUUUGGUGCUCUAAGGCACGCGUCCUCCCACUGCCGCUCAUGAAGGCGUUUUCAGGACAUGUUUGGCACAUCUAUGGAGAAAAUUCUGACCUUUUGGAAAUACUGAUUCACUUAUAUAUAUAUAAAGAGGAUUAUAAAUCCCAGUUUUGUACAAUUUCUGCCUCUGGGUCUCAGUAUAUCAAAUGAAAUUAUUAUGUGUACUCUGUAACUGGGUGAGUUUAUACUUCUCUUCUUUUUCUCCCACUAAUAUAUACAGAAGCAAAACUACUGGGGCGGCUGCUGUCAAUUCUUCAAGACCACUAUUGCCAAUCGGGAUGAGUUACGAUCGCUGCUAGUUUUUAUCCGUUGUUCAGUUCAGGAAGUUAGCUAAAAAUCUUACAAUGGGUUAUCUGGGGUAACCGUGUUAUCUUUUUCCUCCAGUAUGCAUACGCCGGGGCAGUUCCACUCCGAGCAGGAGACAAUGAGCUACGUCAGAGUGGUCAGUUCAGCAUCAAAAGACUUCAUCAUGGCCACAAAAGAAAACGCCGUGCAUUUGUCUUAAUCUUAUCGUUCUUCACCAUAAUAUUUCCGAAAUCCUUGUUUCGUUUGCCCUUUAAUUCUGCGGAAAAAGAGAGAGCGAGCUCGGUCGUGUAGCCAAACCCAUAAAAUGGAAAUGUCAAAUUGCCGCUGUGUGCCAUGAACAGCGUUUACUUUUUUUUUUUUUUUUUUUUUCUCUCGCUGGCAUGCUGACAUUCAGUUGCAGAAGAAAUGUCACUUUCCUUGUGGUUAUUUUUACUCUUGGACACUUGAACAGUUUUCUUUUCUUUUUUUUUGAGUCACUGUUGACGAGCCAAUCGGUGCUACUGGAAGACUGGCCUCCUGCUGAAAAAAGAGCAGAAACAACUCGCUGGUUGUCAGACUGACCAAGAUCCACAGGAUUGGAGACUAAUUAUUUUUAUGUGCUCACACGUUAACUUUUUUCUUUUUUUUUCUCUUUUUUUUUAUUGUAUUUUCUUUUGAUCUAUAGAUUUUUGCUUUAACGGUAAUAUGCUCAGAGCAUAUAUUUAUGGUUUUACUUUUUUUUUUUUUUUUUUUUUCCACAGGCUUUUGUUUGAUUGUGUCAUUCCUUCAGGCAGCCUUUUGUACUCGCCACCCUGAUGGGUCUGAUCUGAUUUGAUUUAGUUUGUAUAGCAUAUUUCAAUGCAAAGCAACUAUGUAUUAACAUUUAAUAUAGUAAUUCUAACACGGAUAAUGAGAGAUAAUAAAAUUGUAUGUGGAAAAAAGGA